UUGCGAAUCUGGCUAUCAACUACAAUAAUAACAUAGAGCAAAAGCUUAAAAUUUCAGGCGAAUAAGAAAAUGUUUUCCAAACUAGUUCUACAACAUAGAAGGGGUGUUAUUUCUUCUUGUGUCAGAUUAACUGCAUUGAUCCACAGUGACAAUGGAAAUCUAUCUACAAAAUCUAUCAAACAAAGAGACCCAUUUGAAGAUUUAGCAAAAAUCUCAGCCACAACUAAUGACAGUUUUAAAAGGACCUCAGUGGAAGAGAGUAGAAGAGUUGGUUCAUCUGAGAACUGUUUAAAAGAAGACAAGAUUUUGAUAGAACAUGUUGAAAUGAUUCAGUGUGGAGAUACUAAGAAUCAGGAAAAGAUGACCUCAGCUGUUGGAAGCUCUCUUAGUUCCACCAUUAACACCAGAGAUUUUGAUAACUUAUUUCAAAGUUCAUCAGUGAAUGAGGUACUUAAAGCUGUGAACUCCGAUCUUAGAUCUUGUAAUGCACAGACAUUAUCUGAGAUUAACAACUAUCUGGAUAAAGUGGACAGACUGGACCCUGACAGUGAGGAAUGGGACAUUAUGACUUCACUUAUAGCCCACCCAGAUGAGAACAGAGAAAUAAAAUAUGACUUCUUGCCAAGAAUAUCCAGCAGUGUAGGAAGUUACAUAGAAUAUUCAGAGACACUGCAAAAACUUGUUAUGCUGGGGGUUGAUCUUUCUGCUGUAGAAGAAUUCCCAUUUAUUGCAAACUUCUUAAUAAGACAAGAUUUUAACAGAGACAUUGUGCCAAAGUUGUUGUACUUGAAAGACCUUGGAGUUUAUGACCGCAACAUUGGCAAUGUCCUUACUACCAACCCUUAUAUUCUGGAGGAUCCUAUUGAUAAACUGCAGACAGUGGUGGAUUACCUGAAGUCUAAGAGAUUUACAGCUGAUAUGAUCGCUAAAAUGAUUGUGAGGCAUUCAAUGUUUUUGAUAAUGGAAGUGGAACAGAUCGAUUCCAAGCUAGGGAUGCUUCAGAAAAUGUUCCAACUCACAGGUGAUCAAGUGAGAGAAAUCUUUUCUAUUCACCCAGUUCUGAUAUCGCACAAUAGAAAGAAAAUCCAGGAUGUACACUUCCUUUUCCACAAUAUUUGGGGAUUUGAAAAGUCACAAGUACAGGCAAUAUUUCUGAAAUGUCCCCUCAUUUUUGCAGAAGAUGCCAAGACAACAGUACAGACUCGACUGGAGAUACUACAUGCAAUGGGAAUCACCACCCAGAAACUCUCAGAGUGUCCAGGAGUACUGAUGGCUAGUCACCACCAAGUACGCCGCAGACACACCUUCUUGAAGGAGAUUGGCCGAGCUCACUAUGAUCCAGAAAAGGCAGGCUAUGUGUCUCUGGAAUCCUUGGGAAUGUAUUCAGUUGAUAAGUGGUGCUGGAAAAUGAAUUUACCAAAGGAACAUUAUAUGAAAUUUCUGAAAACCGAAUAAAAUCUUAAUCAAGUUA